UACGCUUCAUGUCAGUAGAAAUGGACAGCAGCAGUUUUAUUCAGUUUGAUGUGCCCGAGUACAGCAGCACCGUUCUGAGCCAGCUAAACGAACUCCGCCUGCAAGGGAAACUAUGUGACAUCAUUGUCCACAUUCAGGGUCAGCCAUUCCGAGCCCACAAAGCAGUCCUUGCUGCCAGUUCCCCAUACUUCCGGGACCAUUCAGCAUUAAGUACCAUGAGUGGCUUGUCAAUAUCAGUGAUUAAAAAUCCCAAUGUGUUUGAGCAGUUGCUUUCUUUUUGUUACACUGGAAGGAUGUCCUUGCAGCUGAAGGAUGUUGUCAGCUUUCUGACUGCAGCCAGCUUUCUUCAGAUGCAGUGUGUUAUUGACAAGUGCACGCAGAUCCUAGAGAGCAUCCACUCAAAAAUCAGUGUUGGAGAUGUUGACUCUGUUACCGUCGGUGCUGAAGAGAAUCCCGAGAGCCGUAAUGGAGUGAAAGACAGCAGCUUCUUUGCCAACCCAGUUGAGAUCUCCCCUCCGUAUUGCUCUCAGGGACGGCAGCCCACCGCAAGCAGUGAUCUACGGGUGGAAACAACCCCCAGCAAAGCUCUGCGCAGCCGCUUACAGGAGGAGGGGCACUCAGACCGUGGAAGCAGCGGGAGCGUUUCUGAGUACGAGAUUCAGAUAGAGGGGGACCAUGAGCAAGGGGAUCUGUUGGUGAGGGACAGCCAGAUCACCGAGGUGAAAGUAAAGAUGGAAAAAGCCGACCGGCCCAGCUGUUCUGACAGUUCUUCCCUGGGUGAUGAUGGGUACCACACCGAGAUGGUUGAUGGGGAACAAGUUGUGGCAGUGAACGUGGGGUCCUAUGGUUCUGUGCUCCAGCAUGCAUACUCCUAUUCCCAACCAGCCUCACAGCCAACCAGUGCAUCAGAAGCUUUUGGAAAUUUGAGUAAUUCCAGCCCAUCCAGGUCUAUGUUGAGCUGUUUCCGAGGAGGGCGUGCCCGCCAAAAGCGGGCUUUGUCUGUCCACCUGCACAGUGAUCUGCAGGGCCUGGUGCAGGGGUCUGACAGUGAAGCCAUGAUGAACAACCCUGGGUAUGAGAGCAGUCCCCGGGAGAGGAGUGCGAGAGGUCAUUGGUAUCCAUACAAUGAGAGGUUGAUCUGUAUUUACUGUGGAAAGUCCUUUAACCAGAAAGGUAGCCUCGACAGGCACAUGCGACUCCACAUGGGAAUCACCCCUUUUGUGUGCAAAUUUUGUGGGAAGAAGUACACACGGAAGGACCAACUGGAGUACCACAUUCGGGGCCAUACUGAUGAUAAACCAUUCCGCUGUGAAAUCUGUGGGAAGUGCUUUCCAUUCCAAGGUACCCUCAACCAGCAUCUGCGGAAAAACCACCCAGGUGUUGCUGAAGUCAGGAGUCGCAUGGAGUCUCCUGAGAGAACAGAUGUGUACGUGGAACAGAAACUAGAAAAUGAUGCAUCGGGCUCAGAGAUGGCCCUAGAUUCCCGGAUGGAAAUUCACACAGUAUCUGAUGCUCCUGAUUAAGACGAUAAAGAAGUGUACCCAAACAAAGCACAUUAAUCAAUGCAUAUUUGUGAUUUGCUUUGUUGUAAUCUUUGAUUUUUCCCAACCAUCUGGAAAUCUCUUGGUCUCUUGGCAGUUUUUCUAAAGUUUUUGGAUGGAACACUUCAUUGUGUUUAUUUUUUCCCCUGCCCUUCCUCCCCAAAGGAGCUCAAAGCAUGAAGGGCAGCACAUCCAGGGAAAACACAGGCUGACAGUAUUCCUCUUUGGCUGAACUCUUAAUCCAAAAUCUGCCAGUGAUUUAGCUAUGCCAACUGGUUGACCCUCCACUCUCUGCCAAGAGGCAUACUCUUCAUUGUGUGUGCUGGCAGCAGUGCAUUCUAUGAAGAGAGACUAGGAUGCCGUCAGCUGACACAAAUGGGUAACCUUUUCUAAUUUAAAAUACCUUCUAGGGAGUAGUUAGAUGAUUUAAAUAUAUAUAUAAUAAAAUGAUUAUUAUAUAUAUAGUAUAUAUACAUUCUCAAAUUUGAUUUUAUUCUGGUUGAGGUGAAUGUAAGAGGAAUAUAUAAUUUAAUACAAUGUGAACAGGGCUUUUGACUCUGUCUCAUCUCUACCUAAUAUGUUAGGGUUUUGCCCCUUCAUUUCCCUUACAAAAGAAUGUUAGUAGGUUUUCAUAUAUAUUAGUCAUUGUGUCCAAAAGCAAGCAAAGCAAAUCACAGUGUUCAUAGCUCUGCUUCAUAACAAAUACAUAAACCAAAUGCCAUAAAAUUUCUUCAACUCUAGUUGGAAACCGUUUGGAAUUUUUGUUAGUUGUCCAGCAGGUAAGCUGGAUGGCCUGUGGUGCUGACCUUUUUACAUAGUGUAGUGUUGUAUUAACCAACCCCAAAGGAGCAGUGGUUUUCAAGGUUUUUACUGGCCUACAAAUCUACCUUCAUUCCGUACUGUAGAAACAUACAUACCAGGUAACUAAAUCGAAUCACUCUCUACCAUAAGUUAGUACUCGCGCUAAAGGAAAGGGAUUUGUAGUUCUGUCUACAAGAUUCUCCAAGCAGUAUUGUGGUUUGGUUUUUUUUACUUUUCUUUUUUUCUCUUUUCAAACAGCCAGUUCAGGUGCACAGCAACUUUUUUUACAUGCAGUUCCCAGGGAAACUGCAGAACUUGGAAUUUGUACUUUUUGUAAAGCUAUACUCUAUGGGAAUUGCAAGCAAUAUAUCUAUCUUAGUAUUGUGUGUGCUAAUGAGAGCCUCAGUGGCUCCCCCACUCUCAGCGUUUCCUGCUUAAGGAACCAACAGUUUAAAAGCCCUCUAAGACACUCUGUGUGUCACCAAAUCUGUGUUUGUCACCAUUUUUUUGGUCAUGUGGUGCUAUUUUUAUGUUAAGUGUCUUUUAGGUCAGUAUAGUUGUAGAAAAUGUGAAAUCUAAUGAUAAUAGUGAAUUACAGUUGUUUUCCUCUCUUGAGUUCAUAGCUUGAAAAGAGACCUCAAAAGCAUGUACUAGCAAACAUAUUGCUGUAUGAAAACAUACCUGAGACCUGCUUGAAUAAUGUUUUAUUAGUACUUUCAGAAAUAUCUUCAGUUCUGUAUUGUGAUUACAUAUGCAAACAGGCUUUACAUGAUUGCUUUGGUACUGUAGAGUCGCAGAGAGUAAUUUGUAAGCAGUUUGGUGAUGAGUUUGUGCUGCAGGCUACCCGUGGGGUGUCAGUACUCCAGUCUCUUCGGCUGAGAUCCAGGGCUCUGAGCUCCACAACCAUUGUCUCUGCUUAGGAUAACAGCACAGCCACCUAUAAAAAAACAGAAGUGAAAAACCAACUUGAGAAACUCGAAGUUAAAGAAAUACAGAAAUAGAUGUUUGCUGGGUUUUCCAUGCUUUUUUGGCUCUUAAAAUACCAGUGGUGGAUUUUGUUUAUUUUUUUGUUUUUGUUUUUAGAAAAAGUCAUCAAGCCCUAUGUGUGUAUUAGCGCCCAGGGGUGGUAGCUGUGCAGUAGCAUCUCUUUAGCACACAGGAUCUGUUCACAUGUGAACUGCUGCGCUACACUUCAGUGUUAACUCCGUACAGAUUACACUCUAAUCCCGCUGCUCCUGAGGAGCGGCUUUUGCUAAAUCGGGUAUAUAUUAUGCCUUUUUCCUCGUCAAACUGCCUAAGUAGGGGUUUGUUCUCUCCCUGAAGCACUUGUUCAACUCCUGUUAAAGCCGCGUGCCUCAAGGGGAGGCUGAACCCCAAGUGUUUACCCACUUAAAUAUUUUCUGGGGUUUCAGGUAAAUGUUUGUGAUUUUUUUUCCUUACAUGAAUAAGUUUGGUUUUAAUUUUUUUUAAAGAAUUAAAUGCAAAAAAAUUGUGUUGUGAUACAAAUUAAGUUUGUGACAAGAAAUGCCCAAAUCUAAGGACAUAAGAGGUCAAGCUCAGGGAAGGAACCUCCUCUUCACUCAGGCUUGGGACCUUCUUCGAGGCCUCCAGAGCAUUCCGCGGUAGAGACAAUUAGGAGGGAGAGUACCUGGGGCCGCCACCUCCAGUGUCCUGGCUCUUGUCGUUGUCCGUCUUAACCUUAUUUACAUGGAGUUCUUUGUAUUUGUGAACUUGUUUAACUGGUUUGAGUUUACCAAAGAGUGACUUAUCCAAAAUUGUCUUUGACAAAAAUAUCCAUUGCUUUGAUUGUACAGUUCAGGUUCAAACAUUGUAACGGGACUGUUAAGGGGCAGAAAAUUGAUUGAGUUUCUCUCUAAUAAUCAUGAUUCCACAUUUUGCAAGUUCCACUUGCUCCCAUUCGUGUUGCUAACACUUUACCCUUUCCACUGCUCGCAGUGUUAAGAAUGAAUUCUCAAGCCAUAACACAGUACUGUAAAGUUCCGCAGGGCUUCGAGGGAGGCAGCGCGUAGGCCAGCACAGAGCUGUGUAGCCUCUCUGAGCACUCGCACUGUCAUGCUUUCCAGGGGCGUGACUGGUGAGAGAUUAACUCCAUUCAGAUCUGGCAGCAGCAAUUAAUUGUGCCUUGCCGCAUGAGGAUGUGUCAGGAGGAUUAACGUGACCACAGAACAGAAACAUUCUCUCCCUGAAGUUCACUUCACGUCUCCGCAGACGAAGUACGCUGUGUAACUCCUUAGAGCAACUCUUUUUGGAAAGCAAAGUCCCUAUUUCUGUACAGUUUUAGGUUAGGUGUUUCAUUUAUAACAAAUGCAGAAAUCAAUUAAGAUAAAGUGAUAUGUGAAGAAAUCUUUUACAAUAAAGUAUAUCCUGAAUUCAUAUAGGCUUGUUCAUAAUUGAGUCUCUUCUUGAGCUACCUUUUCAAUAUUAGACAAUGUGAAGACAGUGACAGCGUCCUUUUCUAGAGAUGUUUAGCCUGUUAUUACAAACUGUGAAGACAAAGAAUUUUAUACUUUUACUGAUGUUUGUGGUUUUAAACAAGUUCUUUUCAUUCUAAUCAGUUCUCUACCCUCUUAAUUUCUACUUACAGCUGUAAAUACAUUUAGAAAUUAUAUUUGUAAAUACAGUAUAUGGAGACAAGUUAAUUUUUUGGUCAGUGGAAAGCCUCCCAACCAAUUGGCUCUGCCUUGGCAGUUGUGAUUGUUUUGUUUUGUUUUAGAUUUUUUUUGUUAAACAACAGAAAGGAUACUGUCGGUUCACUGUUAAGCAGAAUAUACUGUAGAACUAAAUUGAUAAUUUUUGAAUCUGAGCAUGAGUAAAUGUCUUUUCUAACAAUAGUAGUUAUAACUAAUUCUGUUUUUCCCUAUGCCCAGACCAUAGGCCUGCAUAUUUUGUGUGUGGUUUUGUUUUUAUUUUUGUUUUUACAGCCUAGACUCUAGUAAAAAUUUGCAGGAACACAAAACAAGGGCUAGGGGGAAAAUUAUCUAUGUGAAUGAGCUUUACUUUAAAGAGAUCAAUGUAUUUUAUUUUAUCAACUUUUUCUAUUAGUUACUGUGAUUUUUUUUGUUGUUGUCAUUUUUGUUAUUGUUAAAUUCUAUAAUGGUUUCCUGUGAAGCCUCCACUGAAAGGGACUCAAAUAUGCAACACCUAAACUAUUUUCCAAGGGCACACGCCCCUUGAAUGGUGCUUCUAGACUGGUCAGGGUUAUUUAUUAAAUUUUAUAUAUGAAAGUAUUGGGGAAUUAUGUAAAUUCUUUAUAUGAAACUAUCUAGUUCAUAAAUCAUAGAUUUCAUAUUACUCAGUGCAACUGAACUAAAAGUUCAGAAAAGUCAUUCACAUUGUUCCAAAUUUGUAAUGGUUGUCACACAUCACAUACGUCUUUUUCAGUAAGUGCCAGAGUGUUCCCACUGUUUCUGUCCAGUGCUUGACUUCUUGGCCCAGAAGAGAACCUGUUUUCUCUGGUUCUCUCCCUGGGUCUGGCACAGACAGGGCUAUUGUAAUUCUUGAUUAAGUCCUGGAGCCAGCCUUGCUGGACGCUCCUUGUAGCAGAUUCAGUACACAGACCUCUUGCUGCCCCUCAGUGACAAGUAUGCUGUGAAUUCAACCUUUGGACUUGCUGCCCAAGCCUUUGGUUGCUGCCCUGGUUAUUGUAAGAGGCAAACUUACUUUGUUUGAGAAUGACCAUUUUCCAAAUGUGAAAACCAUCUCUCUCACCACUUUAUUAGUAGGGCUAACAUUUUUUUCCGUUAUAAAUGGUUGAGCAAUUUGAAUGACUUAACACAGUGUCAUUAUCUUGCAAUAUAAACUGGUAACCUCACAACUCCACACUUCAUCACCAUAUGAAGUAAAUGAAGCUAGCUAAGCGGAUGCUGUAUCAACUAGUAACUUGCCAUUAAGGAUUAUUUUAUAGCAUGAAUUUAAGACUAUUUAUUCAAAUGAUAUUUUACUCUUGUAUUCACUUUGUUUUAGAUUUGUGACAUGAAUAUUUCAGUGCUGCUUAAUUUUGUUCUGAAUUCUUGUUUCUUGCUUGUAAAUGGCUUUUUUAUGGUAUAAAUAAAGUCAAUGGACAUUGCUGUUUGUAAAUAAAAAUGCUGCUAGAGCAAA